GGGGGGCGGUGAGCGGCAGCCCCGCCCCGCUCCUUUCUGUCCCCUCUCUCGCUCCGUACGGCCGGGCGCAGGCUCCGGCUCCAGCUCCAUCCGCUGCAACUUUGUACCGUGGGGCGCGGGCGGCGCCGCCGCGGCUCUGCCCUCACCGGGGCGCCAGGGCUGACCCCUCCCGGCCGCGGCCCGGCGCGACCAACCCCGCCAUGGCCGGCAUCGGCAUCGACCACUCCAAGCUGUCCAGAGUCAAGGAAGUGUGUCGAGACUUUGCUGUUCUGGAGGAUCAUACCUUGGCCCAUAACUUACAGGAGCAAGAGAUUGAGCAUCACUUGGCAACGAAUGUUCAGCGUAAUCGUCUGGUGCAACAUGACUUACGGGUGGCCAAGCAACUGCAAGAAGAGGAGGAUCUGAAAGCACGUGCUCAAAUCCAGAAGCACCAAAAAGACUUAGAACGACAGGACAGCGAGAUUGCUCAGGAAAUCCAAGUGAAGCUGGUGUUUGAAGCGGAGCAGCGCCGCAGGCAAGAGGAAAAUGAUGAGGACAUUGCCCGUCUCCUACAACAAAGAGAACUGCAGGAAGAAAAGAAGCGCAAGAAGCACUACUCUGAAUCCCAGGGACACACAGUCUAUGAAGAUAGUUAUUAUGCAGAAAAUGGAGAGCAUCCCUGGGGUGAUCCCAGAGAGCAGGUUUCUGAGCCUGGCAGGGCACGCAGUGGUGACGGGCACGCUCGCCGCCGGAGAGAGCACUGGGAAGCACCCUCGCCUUUGUCCUGUGGUACCUCCAAACACGGGCAUUCCCCCUCGGAGCAUCCUCAGAGGUCUCAACCAAGUGAGGCCAGCUAUGGCUAUCAGCAGGAGCGGAAAUACGCCAGCCAGGGCAGGUCCAGGAGACCUCCUAGCCUUGACCUGGAAAGAGAAGCAGAGCACGGUGUCCAUGGCCACAGCAAUAGGUGGGAGCCACAGGAGAGAAGAGCGGCUGGCAGGGAAAAGGCUCGAAGACCUUCUGGUCUUGACCUGGAGUCAGAGCGUGGACUCACAGACCAGGUGCAGUGCAGCAGAAAACCUGCAAGGCAAGACAGAAAAAAGCACCUUCCUCUUCUUGAGGUGGAACUGGAGGCUGAGCAGGAGACCUGGCAUCAGGGUGGCAGCCAGCAGGUACGCCCUGAAAAACACAAGUCUCGUCAUCAAGGCCACUCUUCACAUGGGAUGGUGCGUGAUGAGAGGUUCCAUGAUGCUGAAUCUAGAGGUGAUCAUAGAAGGGGUAAGGAGAGAGGCUGCGUAAGGGCAGGACACAGGAGACGUUCCCCCUCCCCACCUGCUGUGACCCAGGGGAAGGCUGGAGACUGCCAGUGGCACUCAGGCACUAAGCAAGCUAUGUAUGAUACACCCCAAAGGGAACAGGAGUUGUCUGAUGCAGAAAUGGCUCGAAAGCUGCAGGAGGAAGAGCUCCUGGCUAGUGAGGAAGAUCAGAAAGCAGCUCAAGUAGCCCAAGAUGAGGAGAUUGCCCGGCUCUUGAUGGCUGAGGAGAAAAAGGCUUUCAAGAAAGGGAAGGAGAGAGAAAAGUCUUCCUUUGAAAAGAGGAGGCAUGAUCAGGACUGGAAGCACGAUGUGAGCGAGUCCACACGCUCAAGGUCAAAAGAAGGACCUGAAGCUCAGCGACACAAAGGUGACAGAUCUUCAAGCAGGUCACAGCCUCACCUCGAUGACCACGCUCGGUAUUACACAAGCCAGCCCAGCCCCUUGCGCCAGAUUCCCAAACCAGAGCAGUCUCCUAGAGGUUCCCAUAGGAAGCAGUAAAUUGUGCUCGCCUUUGCUUUGGUACUGACUCUUCUGCAGCAAACAUUACUGGAAUUGCCAGGCAACUUUCUCAGUUCCGUACCCAAUGGGAGGUACCACCUCCACUCCCAGGAUCUCCUCUUUAAGUAUCAGCAUAUUAAUAAGGAACACUUGUUUGUUUCAAUUUCUUACCUGUGUGUGAUCAUUUCAACAGUGCAGUAUAAUCUAGCCGCCACAGAGCUGUGUGAAUCAACUUAGCUGAUUUUUAAUGGCUGCCUCAUAUAUUCUUUUGAGGCUUUCCUUUAAUUUUUAUUUUAAAGCUUUGGCUGGAGCUUUGACAAAUAGGGCAAAAUAGAUGUACGUACAACAGGAAGGAAAAUCCAAGAUAAGAGCUGUGUGAUGGCAGUGCAGCAGAACGUCAGGAGUACGAGUCCUUUACAUAUUAGAAUGAUUUAGCAGAGAGAGGAAAUUUUUUCCUUCCUAUGCUGAGUAAGACAGCUGAGCCAACCUGACAGCCAUUCUAUCUUGCAGGAAAGAGAGAAGAUCUUCACAACAUACUCCAGCAAAAGCCAGAACCUGGGACUAGUGAGGAAGAAAUUGCUGAUUUCUUAACUGCUGUAUUUCUUUCUAGGGUUUCCAGAAAUCUGGAUGGAGUGUUUAACCAGGCAUUUAGCUCCAGGAUAUAGGAUAGAACAGUUAAGAGGAAAUACUGAAAUUAGACCUUGUGUGCAUGACUUUUAAGACAUGCCAGGGAGCUGAUGAAGCUGUGAGUUGUGGAUUGGGAGGAACCAUACAAACAAAUUUAAAUGCCUGAAGGGACCUCUGUGGUCACCUGCUUUGAGCUUCAGUGUGGUAGAAGCCUAGGAAUUUUACUGAAGCCAAGUAGGAACUCCAAGCUCAGUUGCUGGUGCACUUUUGUAUGGUAACUUGUGUCUGUACCUGCAAAUGUCUUGGAAACCUGGGGCUGAAGGAGGGCCAUAUGGCCAUUGAGCAGUGAAUCCAAAUUUUACUCUUACCAGCAACUCUGAGCUAGCCACAGAGUACUGAGCUAGUCCACACAGUGUCUGUACUGUCUGCCUCCCUCCAUACAGCAUCCCCAGGUAGACUCCAGUUAGGAUAAAGCUGCUUUCUAGGGCACAGCACGCUCUGCAAAUGUGUCUCUACAGAUUUGCACAUGCAGUUAAUUUUUUUUCCUUUCAGUGUCUUGUUUUCUCUCCACUCUUUGAAAAUCCUUCUCUUGCACAAACAACUAGCCUUUUCCCUUGGCCUUUUCUCAACAAAUUUUAAUUGUUUUGCCUCUUUAACACUUUUUUUUCUCAAUACAUUUUUAAACAGCAAAGCUGAGCAUGUGGACACUGGUUCAGCCAAUAUGAGCUAGUUAUUUAUUUACCAGUCAAACUCAAUGCAGCAAACCUGACUGUUGUCCCUGCAGCCCACCUUCCUUAUUUCAUUGAGUCUUCCCACCACACUCUUUGUCUUCUGCUGGCAGCUAUGGGUCCACUGCUGGCUUUGCUGAGGAGGGAACGCUGAGCCAUGGCUGUACUUGGGCUUAGCAGCAACCUGCCUGGGAAGGCACACUGACAUCUCUGUAGAGCUUAGUGUGGAUAGGAAAUCAGAAGAGAUUAUGGCUCUCUGCUCUUGCACUAAUGCACAAUUCAAGCUCCAAGGCAGCUGUAAGACUUUGAGCUUGAUUGUUGUCCUUGGUCAGGAUAGUUACAGUGGCAAAUCACUAGGAAGACCAGGCAACUCCUUCACCUAACCUACAAGGGUAUGUUUAAUACCACAACACAAGCCCAUACCUUGCCUUGACCACAAUUCAAGGAACUUUUGUCUUCUACCUGCACUGGAAUGUUGGCAGCAGUUCACUAAUUUGGAGAACUAGCUUACCCCAGUAGAGUUCAGCUCCACGCAUACACUAGCUGGAAGUGUUUUAACAGAGGACUUUGUGCAUCGGCAGCAGCAUCCUCGUAGCUGCAUUACCUUUGCUUCCAGACCAUGAGCUUGUUCACCUGCAUGAAUCCUUAAGUGACUUGCAAACCCUUUCUUGCUGCUUCUUCUCAGGAAAUAUCCCAGCCAGCGGCUAGAUUUUACUGUCCUUGCUUUGUUCCCUCUUCUGGUUCCAUCUUUGUUGAUUCAGAAGUGUUAGUGUUGUUCAAAGGAUCUGGAAAAAGAACAACAUAGACCGUAUUUUUUUUUCCUUGGUAACUUGGGCCAAUGAGGCAACCUCAUUUGCAAUGGUUUUAUUUUGUAAAAAUUUAUUUUUGUAUUUCGUAUAACAGUCAAAAUUUCUACUGCUGAAAAUGCCAUUUUUCUUUUCUGUAAGUUUUUUCCCUCCAUUGCCAUCAGAGUAUUUACUGCUGAGAAAUGGAUGCCUGGUGGAGCUUUACAAACUAAAACUUUCUACAAAUACCCUAGUCUACGCUCUGCUGUUUGUAUCAUCUGGUGCAGUUGUGAAAACUGGAUGGGGAAGAACCCUGCCAAAUCAGAAAGCAGUUGUACUUUGUACUCCCUAUGCAUGGGGAAAAAUGGUGACCCUCUGCACAAGGCAAGGGGAAAUCACCAACUAGGAAUUUAGCCCACCCUGGGCCUCUUUAGCUGGCUGUGAUGGGCUUUCUUGCACUGCAGUUGGCUGAUGUAACUUCUGUCUUACUCUAAUCAGGAAAGUCAUGAAGGUCCUGAGCCUGCUGAUGUUUGGAGAACCUCUUGGUUCAGGAGGGAUGCUUGUUGACUUCAGUGGGAGUGAAUGGAAAUUAAAUGUGAGAAGACUCCAGUUGAUCUUAUUUGGAAGCUGGGUACAGUCUGAAGAAUACCUCAGUGCCUAUUCUGUGGAGCUGCAGGAUCUCAUUAAAUGCCUUCUCAGGUGAGCCAAGCUCUACAGCCAUGGUGGCAAGAGCCUGAGGGAAAGAUCCUAGGAGUAUCUGCCACUUCCUCAAAUGUCUUCAGGGACUGCUAUUUUUCUACAGUCCUUGUGAAAAGGACAGCCCUGAGGUUUUGUUAAAAGGGCUUGUAUUGAGGAAGACAGAAAUGCUAAGAAUGGUAGCUGAGGAAAGUAAAUGGGGUAUAAACAGAGCAACUUGUGGGCCUUGUGCAGUCAAGCAGGUUAGAGGCAAAGGUCGCAACUGGACUCGGAUGGUUAGUGACCGCUUUUGGAAGGAGAUUCCAUGGUCCCAUUGAAGUCAACAAGUGUUAAUAACAUGGAUGUUAAUAACAAGGAGCCAAUUCCUCUUGGGGUUCAGCAACCACAGUUCUGAGAGUCAAGAAGAUGCAGCUCAUGUAGGUGAGAUGCAAAAUCAGCACCUUGCACAUGUGUCCCUGGAAAAAGGCACAAUGAAGUUAUCUUUUUUUUAAAGGAACAAUCACAGCAAUAUUUCCUUUCUUUGACAGAAAAAUAUUUGAGUAACUAUUUUUUCCUUUCCUAUCUUGCCAAGUUUCAGUAGCUUUGCUUAUGGUUUUGGUCUGGACUUAGUGGCAUGUUGGAGGCAGACCUUGCUGGAACCCCUGCCCAGAUCAUUCAGGUCUUGCAUCCCUUUCUGACUGUGCAUUAACAAGGCAACAGGCACCACGCAGAAAAUUCAUCACCAUGAAGUUCUGGCACUUCCCAACCUCCCUAGUAGGCACAUCUCACCAGCAGGAGUGCUUGCCACCUCCUCACCUCCAUCCUAAGCACAAUGUUCUGCAGAAGAGAGGUUGGGCGACCCCGAGUGAUUGUGCCUUACAUGCAGGGGUCCUCGAUGUUUUCAGCAGGCUGAUCUGAAUCAUCUUGCUAUGAAAUGCUGUCUUAAUGUGAACUGUGCAGCUUCCUGCAGUGAGAAACAGUUAUUGUCAUGUGGAUAGACCCAACAGGUUAAUCUUCUCUCUCUUUUUUUUUUUUUUUUUUUUUUUAAGAACUUCAUGGUUUUGAACUUAGUGGGGGUGGGAAAAUAUCAGCUGUUAAGGGAAUAUAUGAAGUCUCAUCAUUGAAUUUCUCCUCUUGGGGAGGAAGGACAGAAAUUACAAAUGCUGCCGUCUGCUUUACUCUGUAAAGGGAUCUUGUAUAUACAGUAUUUUUAUAUCUCUGCAUUCCCACCUGUCAGGAUUUGAAUCAGGAUUAUUAAUAUUCUCUUAAGGGAAAAAAAAAAGGAUUUUUAUUUUUUUUUACAGUGCUAGACCUCUGUGCAUUUUUGUUUUGUGCCAAAUUACGUCCACUGUUACAUUCUAGUGUUUUCAUUCAGUUUAUUGCUAUUGAUCAAUGUAUAUUAUAUUUUUAUUAUCAAGGUUUUUAUUUUAGUGCACAUUUACCUGUAUGCAAACUAACUGUGGAUUGCUAAUUUAUAUAUAAAGGGGAGCACUUGGAGACUGUGUGAGGAUUCCCCUACUUAGUUUACACUCUUGUAGUCUAGUGCAGCCAGUCCACAAAACUCAUCACGUCUUGCACACAAUGAUCUCCUUAGUGUCUGUCACCCCAAGCAGAUUGCUUCCAGGCAGCACUGGCACUGAAAGGCUUGGGAGAUGUGAUAGGAAACACAGCACAGCUCACAGGGUGGCCUAAUGGGUGACCAAGCUCUGCUGUCCUGCUCCUGGCAGUGGAUGCUGCAGUUGGUAUUCCCACAGCAGUGCCUCUGGCAUGAAGGAUGCCACAAGCUGCUUGUCUUUUUUUCUUUUUUUUUUCUUUUUUUUUAAUUUUGUUGUGGAGAACAGGCAUAAAGCUACAGACAUCCCAGUUUACUGUGUUCUUUAACAUACAUGCUGUAGCAUAUUUCUGGCUGCUGUGGAGGCUCUGCCUGGGCUGCACACAAGUGCCACUUGGACUGCUGCACCCAGGACAGGCUGCAGGACACAAGUUUUGUGUCAAGGAUCUGCACUGCCCUCAGCUUUUGGGCUGGAAAUAUUAUUAGCCACCUCUCCCCAUGAGUAGCACGGGGCAAGGCUUAGCUGUGCAGUUUGGGCUCUUCCAGGAGAGUCCCAAAGAGGACAGGGGCAUACACAUAUUAGUAUUUCCUACUUCACAGUAACAAAGUUCCACUGUAUCAGUGUUCACUCUAAGUAGACUCCACAGUGUGUCUCCAGCUGCAUCUGUGCACUGCAGUAUAGUUAAUUGCCUCAGAGAAAUAACUGCAAUUGUCUCGUUUAGCUCUUCAGUGUAAACUUUCAGCCUGUUGAAUCUAAAUAUUAGCCACACAAUGAGAUGGAUUAGUUCAGAAGGUUUAAAUUCUUCAGAGCUGCAAGUGAACCCUGCGUUGCAACAGCUAAUCCUGAAGUAUGAAUUGCACACUGACAAUAAUCUGUCUAUGCAAGCCUAGGUUGGUCGUUUGUUUGGGGUUUUUUUUCUUAUUUUUGACCAUUCGCUCUAAUUUUAUCAGGUUUGGCUUAGAACUUCUGAAUGACAUUUAACCAAAGUAUCAUGUCUGUGUGUGUAUAGCAUGUUUUGCUUCAUAGUCCUGAAUUCUCAUUGAAUGUAAAGGGAACAUUGCCUUGCCCAUUUUGUUCAAUAAACCGCUGUAUUUUGUUACCCACCAC